AUGUCGCUGGGAGCCGGCCCCGAGGCGGGCUUCUCCAGCGAGGAGCUGCUGACCCUGCGCUUCCCCCUGCACCGCGCCUGCCGCGACGGGGACCUGCCCGCCCUGUGCGCGUUGCUCCAGAACUCGCCCCGCUCCGACCUGGCGGCCGAGGAUUCCUUCUAUGGCUGGACGCCCAUCCACUGGGCCGCGCACUUCGGCAAGCUGGAGUGCCUAAUGCAGUUAGUAAGAGCUGGAGCUUCUGUAAAUGCCAGUACAACACGUUUUGCUCAAACACCAGCCCACAUUGCUGCUUUUGGAGGACAUCCACAGUGCCUGAAUUGGUUGAUUCAAGUGGGGGCCAACAUAAACAAACAGGAUUAUGUUGGUGAAACUCCUAUUCAUAAAGCAGCACGGUCUGGUAGUAUGGAUUCCAUAAGUGCCCUUGUGGCUCAUGGUGCGCAAAUAGACUUGAGAAAUGCCAGUGGCCUGACAGCAGCAGAUCUUGCACAUACCCAGGGCUUCCAAGAAUGUGCCCAGUUUCUCUUGAACCUCCAGAACUGUCACCUGAAUCGUUUCUAUAGCAAUGGCUCCUUAAAUGGGGUUCAUCAGAAUGCAGGUCCCAAUCCAUUCAGUGGUGGGACAAGUCGAAAGAGAUCAUUUGAAGACACAGAGUCUGCUGGAGUAAAGAAGGCUAGAACAGAAGCUUACAGCUUUGAUGGCUUAAUACCAAUGCUGAAUGGAGGAGCUGAGGACGAUGCUGACAAUAUGCACGUUGAUAGAGAGUUUGCUGUUGUAUCAGAUAUGAAUAGCAGUAGCUCCAUAUUGAAUGCACUGACAAAUGGAUGUGCCAUCAAUGGACACUUGGAUUUCACCGCCGCACAACAGCUCAGUGGGAUGGAUGCCAGGCGUGAGGAGUGCUUAGCAUUAACACCCAACGGAGUAAUUCCUGGAGUAACUUCUCCCAGUAGGCAUCAAAUUCAUACCAGUAAUGGCACCGAGGAACCGGAAAAAGCCAUGAGUAAUUCCACCGAUAUGUGUGGAUCUCUCCACCUGAAUGGAAGCCCGAGUAGCUGUGUUUCCAACCGGCCCUCGUGGGUGGAAGACCCUGGAGACACUUUGCACUAUGGACACUAUCAUGGUUUUGGGGAUACUGCUGAAAGCAUCCCUGAACUCAGUAGUGUUGUUGAGCAUUCCAAUUCUGUCAAGGUCGAACAGAGAUAUGACAAUACUGUCCUAGGCACGAUGUAUUUGUACCACGGUUCCUAGAUGAAUGAAGUUUAUAUCAAACACAUACUGAAAUUGCUACCAAAUGAGACCGGGGAGACAGAAUCCUCACAUAGCAUUAAAUUUGAAGAUCGCAACUUGUUGCUAUUUUUACACUUUGUUUAUAUGAAAAGUAAACCUUUAAUUUGACAACCUUAUACGACAGUUGUAGUUUAUUGCAUGUAUGGGGCUUAUUUAGUGAUAAAAUAGGUGCUGUCACGAUGGAAUGUUUAUUGUUUCAAAUUUUUUAUUAUGGAAUGUUCUGGUUUUGUAUUUUUUUUCUAAGCUUGUGAACACUAUCUUUCCCUUUUUAGAGCUGUUCUCCCUUUUAUUAAAGCAAUGUUUAACUGAAUUUUGUGAAGAAAAUGCUAUGUAUGUGCAUCACUUAGAGGUAAAGAUUUUUCUUUUCCGUAUCUUCUGCUGAAGCUAUGGUAGCAAUAUCAAUGCCAGCUCUCACUAUGCAAGGUUGAAAGUGGCAAUCUUCUGGAGCUUCUCUGACUUUAUAGUUUGUACAUUUGUUUGGUAUAAUUAGGUGUUCAUCUUUAAAUUUUUUGAACAAUGUGUUUCAAAAUGCAGAGACAAAUUUGGAAGAAGUUGCUGUUUCACUUUCUGUAGCGUAGAAGUGCUUUUUGUUGCUGUUGGGCUCUUUGCAUUACAGAGUGGGAAAGUGUUGGGCUGCCUUUGUUCGGUUGCAGUUGGGUGUGCCUCAGGUUAGCUCUGUGGUGGUUUUUUUUUUGGCUUCUCUCCUUUGUAUGUGUGCUUGAUGUUUUACCAUAGCUUACAGACUGGAGGCAUGUUGGCACUGUUCUGCUUUGUACACAGUUUAAAAUUGCUGUUACUUGUUAUAGAAUUUGCCAAGUCAAAAUAUUUGAGUUUGACUGUCUUAGAUAUACAUUUAUUGUCUUUUUUUUAAACAUACACUUUGAAAAUGUAAUGUUGUGUACUCUUUGGGCUAUGGUCACGGAAAAAACAUAUUUAAUGCUUAAUACACAAAUUCAUAUAAGUGCACUAUAUGAGCACUAAUACUAUAAGUUGCUGCUUGUGUUAAAGUGAAGAGUGGGGAAGAAUAUGGUAAAUAAGAUAAGCCCUCUGAAUUGUGUUGAUUUUUUUGUUCUUGUUUUGUUUAAAAAGGGACCUUUACAAAUUGGAUUACAAAUAAAGAAACAUAUUACAUUGUAUCUGAAUAUUUUGUUUAGAUGUUAUUAUUUUAGUGGCAAGUUGAGAAAGCAUUAAAUAGUUUAUAAUACAGUCACAAUUCUCAUCGUCUUUCUCAGUGCUGCUGUGGCAUUUCUUUUUGUCAGUAUAUGAAAGCAAUUUGGAACAACCCAAGAAGUUGUCCUUGAUUGAAUUACAGAAACACAAAUUGGAUACUUGUUGUAUGACAAGUUGCAUCAGCCUUCAGCUUAAAAAAUACUGGGUUAAAAUACUGCCUGUCUGUAAAUAAAAAAAAAAAAUACAGUCUCAUUCAAACAUUUUUAAGCAAAAUGAUACUCAUUGCAGAGGAGUCAGUGUUUAAAAUAGCCUUUACACUCUACAUGGUUCACUAGGCACAAGGUGUUCAGUGUAUUCAGAUUGAGAGUAGGACUGAUGGGAAAACUGACCAAUUCUUUUGCAGACCAGCAAAACCCCCCCUCGGUGCCUUCUGGAGACAAAAAAAAAAAAAAAAGACCAUUAGUGAAAGCUGAGUGCCACCUGAGAUGAGCUGCUCUGCCGUGCACAUUAACCACUUGCUUGUGCUUAGACAACUGCACCUGGGUUCCGUUUUUAGAUGGUUUGCUUUGCUGGUGUAGUGCCCAGAGGAGCACGUGCCAUUGCCAUUGUACUGACAUGAGACAGUGAACUCUCAUUUGCUGUAGAAUUUGGGCUUGGGGAUCCUCUUAGAAUUU